UCGUUGUCUUUUCUUAAAUCAGCUACAAUUUCAGCUUGCUUAGUCGCAAUCAGUAUAAAUUCCCAGUUCAAGGAAGUAAUUUUGGGGAUGUUGAUUUUUCCCUGUUAGAGAAGCCCAAUUUUUGACUGCGUGUAUCAUUUUGAUUUUGUUGAUAUUAGGGUUUGAGAUUACUUCUUAUGCAUUGUUUGAAGUUUGAGAGCUGCUGGGAAGAUGGGGGAUGAAAAGGAUGCUUUUUAUGUUGUGCGAAAGGGGGGUGUUGUUGGAGUGUAUAAAAGCAUAACUGAUCUUGAAUCGGUUCUUCAAGCUUCUGCAAACGAUACUUCCAUAAGUGUUUUUAAAGGAUAUGGUCUGUCAAAAGAAGCUGGGGACUUUCUCUCAUCUCAUGGACUCAAGAAUGCUAUUUACUGUAUUGAUUCUAGUGACAUGCAAGACGAUCAAGCUCUAUUUGGCCAACUUCUCACUUGCCCUUUUCGGGAACCAAAUUCUUCAAAAGAUAAAUCAGCUAGCAAAAAGCAUGUGGAGAAGAGGUCACAGGAGCUUGUUGUAUCAUCUUCUUUUCCCGUGAAUCCUCAGCUGAAGGAUGCAAAGUUAGAUAAUUUCCUUCAAGUUCCUCCAGUAUCGUCAUAUUGUAGUUCGUGUAUUCUUGAGUUUGAUGGUGCUUCUAAGGGCAACCCUGGGCAAGCUGGUGCUGGGGCUAUACUUCGGUCAGCAGAUGGGAACAUGGUGUUUCGAUUGCGUGAAGGUGUGGGCAUAGCAACCAAUAAUGUAGCUGAAUACAGAGGUUGCAUUUUGGGGUUAAGAUAUGCUCUUACAAAAGGUUACAAACAUAUAUGUGUCCGAGGAGACUCCAAACUUGUUUGCAUGCAGGUUCAAGGUCUAUGGAGAACCAAAACACAGAAUAUGACUGAAUUGUGUAAGAUAGCUAAAGAGCUCAAAAACCAAUUCUUGUCCUUCCAGAUAAUGCAUAUCGAAAGAGAGAGCAACACUGAAGCUGAUGCCCAAGCAAACUGUGGAGUGCAUCUAAAGAUGGGCGAAAUCCAAGUGGAUUGUGACAUGCGAAAUCCUAAUGGAGUGUGACAUGAGAUAACGACCAAGGUCUGCAUGUAGUGGUGAACGUUGAAAUUGUAGAUAAGCCAUUAGGAACUUGUUAGUAGCUGAAAUGUGUGGAGAAGUGGAUUUAGAUGCUAUUUUGCUCUUUUGUGAUUAUUUUGAAUUGAAAUACUAUCUAUUAGCUUAACAGCUGCUGCAUCCUUCUAUAUAUCUCUGUGCAUGUUUUUCACUAA